CUCAACAUACGAAUGUCCACUCUGACGUUGAAUCCCCGUCCUUGGUUCAUACCCGCCAACGCAACUAUUGAUAGAUGCGCAAAGUCUGUUCUCCCUUUGAAGGGAAAGAUUUGAGAUGCUGUGUUGUUGCGCCAAACACACCCACACAUCCAAGGAACACCAGUCAGUGCGCAAACCUUCUCUUAUUGAAGCCAAGUGCCAUGACGCAGGUCCCUGAAGAAAACACUUGGGACGCUGCCAUGACAUGGUAAAUGGCAUCGUGAAAACUCGCUUCUUCGGUACAUGAUAAGUAUCUCAAGGCUGCACACGGUCCCUGAUAUAAGGUUGAUCGCGAGGUUAAAAGCGGAGAGGUUCUCUUAUGUCGAUCGUUCUGUUGUCCUGAUUUAUGACCCUGCUCCAACGUGCUGUGCCCUGAAUUUGGAACCGUGCUCUUCACUCUUCACCACCAGGAACGAGGCUUUGCAACACGCUCUCAGAUUUCAGACAUUCGCAUUCAGUGCGGCGAUGCCAUCGUCCCAAAUGGCGGCUCCAGCGACAGCCACGCUUAGCGGCCUCAAAGUCCUCAUUGCGGGAGGAAGUAUUGGUGGUCUCGCAACUGCCAUCGCCCUCAGGGCCCAGGGGCAUUCUGUCACGAUUUACGAACAAGCAUUCACUCCUCAGACCAAUGGUGCCGGCAUCACUAUUUUUCCCAACUCGGUCCGGGCACUUGAAAUGCUGGGAAUUGACACCAACCAUGUUCAAGCGACCAGAAUAAUCAAGAUCACUCGAGCGCAAAUUGAAGAUGAUGGGGUUUCUGACACCUUAGAAAGUGACCUCGAAGCGCAGGCUUGGCCAUGGCAUCAAACGACGUAUCCUGACAUGUUUGUCGCGCUCUGGGAAUCAGUUCACGACAGUUCCAAACCCGGUCCCAAGAUCGAAAUCAUCACAUCGAAAUCGGUCUGCAGGGUCGACACUAUCAGGGCGAUUCUGUACUUCUCCGACGGGUCCGAUGCGGUGGGAGAUGUCGUUAUCGGCGCCGAUGGCGUGCAUUCUGUGUGCAGGUCAUUUGUGCCUGGGGGUAGUUUACAGCGCUUCCGUAUCAAGCGCCACGUCUUUCGAGCCCUUAUCCCACGCGAAAGGUUAGAGAACGAUCCCAUCACCGCCAAAUUCGUUGCUGAUGGGGGUCACGCCCAUUGCUACAACCACAAUGAUAAAAGCCUUCUCAUCACGCCAGCAUCGCACGGUAAGAACGUUUGCGUCAAAUUCUUGUACGAAGACCGAACGGCCUUUACGAACCUCAGCAAGGACUGGAGGGAUCCUUCGAGCAAGAGGAAACUCUUACGUCUUACUGGAGGCCUACCGGAGGAAUGUGUCGCUCUGUUUGGGAAAAUAUCCGACAGUGACCUGCAAGAUCAACCGAUCUGGGACAUGGAUCCACUAAUCACGUUCCAAUCUCACCGUAUGGCGUUGAUGGGUGACGCCGCGCAUCCCAUGCCGCCGUAUUGUGGUCAACGAAUUGCAAUGGCCCUGGAAGAUGCUUUGGCUCUGGGGGUGAUCCUCGAGCCAAGCACUCCAGUUAGCGAGAUUGAUGAACGGCUCAAGCUGUAUUCUCGCACCAGGAAGACACGGGCAGUAGCUGUCCAGCAGACCACGAGAGGACUUGCCGAGGCGGAUAUGAGGAAUUUUGCGAUCGAUUUCGAUACUGCGUCUUUUCACACUUACAUUCUCGGCCAUGAUGAGCGGGAGCACAUGGGCCAAACUCUGUCCGCGUGGAAAAAGCAGCGCAGUCUGAGCCAAGGCUAUCCCGACAACUCGGAGCAGCCGAAACAAGGCAUGGAGGUUACACAAAGGCCUCUUCCGACUGCCCAACGCAGGUCUCCCACGAAGAAGUGGUGGUCGAUGGGGAGGAAGGGCUCAAGAACGUUGGCACGGGUCUUUCACUCACGGCAAACGUCGGUUGCCGUUGCAGCGACGUAAUAGAAUGAUUUCAAGUCGGUAUAUUGGGUUCCUUGGGGUUUCCGCAGCAGGGCUGGGAGAAAGGCUUUAUGAUUGAUAUUGAAUGCGGCAGCUGGACUGUCUGAAGGUCUCCUGAGCAUAUGGAGCCUGGCGCUAUUGGGAUACAUUUGAUGCGGAGCCUUCUGAAAGGAAAAGUUAAUACGCACCCGACAUGACGAUAGCGUUGUGACGAAGAGAUGAUCUAUGGUAGUGUCCGAUUUGAAGGUCAGCAGAAAGCAGAAAUUCGAUAGAGGCACAAAACAAAGGCACAUGUCGACAGAGGGACCAUCGGAAUGGCAAACCAAUCACAUGAAGCCCUCGGAGCUUUGAAGGACCGACUAGCCGACAAGCCGACAGUUGAGUGAGCAUGGCACGCAUGGUCAGGUCAGGUCAGAAUUGGAUUGUCAUGACAAGCCAGAAUAAGAUCCAUUGUGGUGGUGAAAAUGAAUGAUCGUUCUAAAUAACAUAAUGCCAAGCGUACUGUCAGACAAGCAGUAUUUUCAUGAAUGA